UCUUUAGUACAAUUCCAAUGCGGGGUGUGGAUAAGACUCUGAAAGGCACAAGUCCAGUACUACUGUACUAGUCCAGCAUCCUCCUCACUAAAUACCGAGACAGAAACUAAGCAUCGCCUCUAUGGCCGCCUCCAAAACCGCCGUUAUCGCAUGGGGUUCGGGAGAAGAUGGGCAGUUAGGAAUGGGUAAUAAUGAAGAGAAAGAAUGGGUUUGCUCCAUCAAAGCUCUUGAGCCCUUCGACGUCUGCUCUAUCGUCGCCGGCAGCCGAAACUCCCUUGCCAUUUGCAACGACGGCAAGUUGUUUACGUGGGGUUGGAACCAAAGAGGGACACUGGGUCAUCCCCCAGAGACCAAAACCGAAAGUAUUCCUAGUCAAGUGAAAGCUCUUUCCAAAGUUAAGAUUGUACAGGCGGCAAUUGAUGGUUGGCAUUGUUUGGCUGUCGACGAUCAAGGCCGGGCUUAUGCUUGGGGUGGGAAUGAAUAUGGACAGUGUGGUGAAGAACCUGAACGGAAAGCUGACACAGGAAAGCCUGUUAGGAGGGAUAUUGUGAUUCCCCAACGAUGUGUGCCAAAGCUUACAGUUCGGCGGGUAGCUGCUGGUGGUACACAUUCAGUUGUUCUCACACGGGAAGGACAUGUAUGGACAUGGGGUCAACCAUGGCCUCCUGGGGACAUAAAGCAAAUUUCGACUCCUGUUCGAGUACAAGGUCUUGAAAGCGUGAGGUUGAUUGCAGUUGGAGCUUUCCACAACUUGGCUCUUCUUGACGAUGGAAUCUUAAUGGCAUGGGGUAAUAAUGAGUACGGACAACUGGGGACUGGUGAUACUCAGCCCAGAUCACAACCUGUUCCUGUCCAGGGCUUGUCUGGUCUUACUUUGGUUGAUAUUGCAGCUGGAGGGUGGCAUUCUACUGCAUUGACAGAUGAAGGAGAGGUAUAUGGUUGGGGCCGAGGGGAACAUGGGAGGCUUGGUUUUGGAGAUGACAAAAGCAGUAAAAUGGUGCCCCAAAGGGUUCAGCUUCUAAUAUGGGAGGACAUUGUACAGGUGGCCUGUGGAGGAACCCAUUCUGUUGCUUUAACACGUGAUGGCCGCAUGUUUUCAUUUGGGCGAGGAGACCACGGCCGUCUUGGAUACGGAAGAAAGGUGACAACGGGCCAUCCAUCAGAAGUGCCCAUAAACAUCCCUCCUCCCAGAGAUCUUAGUGAAGGUGAAGCUGAGGGAAGGUGGUGUGCUAAGUCUGUUGCUUGCGGUGGCCGCCACACACUGGCAAUAGUAGAGUGGCGCAGCCGGGAAUCUGAGCAGUUACCGCACGCUCCAACGAACGUGUAGUGGUAUCAUUGUACAAUUGCGUCAUUUUCGGAAGAAUCUUCUCUCGUGCUUUGCAAAUUCUGGCAAUUGAAGCAGUUUGGUAGUAUUAUAAAUUGUUUGUGCACAAGAAGUAAAGACAAAAUCUCCUCGGAAGUUUGUUUUAGACUAGAUGCCGGACAAAUGGACCAUAAAAAUUGCAUGAAAGAGAAGGUUGGGGCUGGAAUUUGGUGCAGCAGGUGUAGGUAGCGUCUCCCCAGCCUUGCCUGCAUUGUUCUAAGCUACCUGGGUUUUUGUACGGGCUAAUCAGAUAAAUUGAUGCAAUCGCAAUAUUAAAAAUUAGCAACUCAGUUUGAGCA